AUGGCAUCUUCGGAGCCGCGCUGGCCAUCUCCUCUCCGCCACGCGAGUGCCUUCUCUUUCUGGCGCUCCCCUGGCAUCCUGUUGGUGGCCCUAGGGCUCCUGCUGCCCAUGUGCUCUGAUGCCUGUGAUGAUCCAAUGAGAUUUAAAACCAUGAUGUUAACCGGUCCUCCUAAAGCAUCUUAUGGUCCUGGGGACAGAGUCGAAUUUAAGUGUCGUUUAGGAUACAAGCGUAUUGUACCUUUAGUCCCCACCACUGCUGUUUGUCAGCCUGAUAACACAUGGGCACCUCCUCUCCAGGAGGCUUGUACAGAAAAGACAUGUCCGCAGCUAGGAGAGCCCCUCAAUGGCGAAGUAGUUUAUGUAAACGGAACUACAUUUGGUUCUCAAGCGCACUAUGUUUGUAAUGAGGGUUAUUACUUACUUGGAACAAAAAAUCUAUUUUGUGAAAUUUCUGAAAAUAAUGUGGAAUGGAGUGAUAGUCCCCCACAGUGUGAAAAGAUUUUGUGUCAACCACCUCAACAAAUACCAAAUGGAGAAUUCAGCAAUAGCCACAAGGAUACAUUUGAAUAUAGUGAAGUAGUCACUUACAGUUGUAAGCCUUCCAAUGGGCCAGAUGAAUAUUCCCUUGUUGGAGAGAGCAGGCUUGUUUGUUCUGGGCGUAACCAAUGGAGUAGUAACCCUCCUGAGUGUAAAGUGGUCAAAUGUCAAUAUCCAGUACUCGAGAAUGGGAGAGUCAUUUCUGGACUUAGGAAAAAAUAUUACUACAAAUCUGAGGUUACAGUUGAGUGCCUGGAGGGAUUUUACCUUGAAGGCAGCAAGACAGUUGUCUGUGGAGUGAACAAUAAUUGGGAGCCCAAAAUGCCAAAAUGUAUUCAAGGUGAAGGACUCAUUGCUCUGAUUGUUCUUCAGCAAUUCUUGGCGUUGCAGUAA